AUGGCAGGAGAAUUUUUGCUCAAGUCUAACCCCCCAGCUCCCGCCCAUAAACAACCAAAGAAAUUGAUCUUUGCCCCAGGGGACAUCGCAGCCCCCUACCCCUCCUCCCACCAUCUCCAUCUCCCAUCUACCCAACAACCCCUCGCCACUACAGACCCAAACAGCCCACCCCAUCACGCCGCCAUGCCCAUCCCCACCUACUUCCACACCUCCAACGGCACAGGCACCCCCAAGAUCUCAGCCCCAGAAACCCCCCCACGCUCCAGCGCUCCCACCCCCAUCGCCAAUGCGGCUCUAAUCGCCCAUCCAUCCCGAGCCCAUCAAUUCCUCACCAACCCACCCCUAACCCUCUCCCAAAUAAACGUUACAAACCCUUUCAAGCAAUUCAACUCCUGGUUCCGUGAUUCGCGGCUCCUGCCGUCAUCUGCGCCGGAAACGUGCACGCUUGCCACGGCCAGCAUGCCGUCUGGUCGCGUCAGUGCUCGCAUUCUGUAUCUCAAGGAGUUGGACGAGAGGGGUUGGGUGGUCUAUAGUAAUUGGGGGAGUAGGAAGGGGAAGGGAGGCCAAAUUUUUGGGAGUGACGGUGAUGUGGAUGGCGGGGAGAGUGGGGAAGCACAGGAGGAUCUGCAGCAGCUGGGCAAUCGAUGGGCGGCGUUGACGUUCCAUUGGCCCACUGUGGAGAGGCAGGUUCGAGUUGAAGGGAUUGUUGAGUCGCUUUCAAGAGAGGAGAGUGAGACGUAUUGGCGGGUCAGGGAGCGGGGGAGUCAGAUUGGUGCCUGGGCCAGUCAACAGAGUAAGGUUCUUUGGGAGAUGGAACCGUUGGAAUCAUCCGCUUAUCAGGGUUGUGGCUGUGGUAGUGGCGCAGAUGUUUCCCCUGCUGCCAAUGGACCAGAGAAUGAUGCCACUAUUACCGCUGCUGCUGCGGUCGUUCCCACUGAAGACCAUGGUCGAACCACCCUUGACAAUCGCGUGAAGGAAAUGGAAGCGCGUUUCGCUGAUACGAAGGAGAUCCCGCUCCCGCCAUUUUGGGGCGGGGUCAGGAUUGUGCCGGAAUCUGUGGAGUUUUGGCAAGGGAGGAAGAGCCGCUUGCAUGAUCGGUUUAGAUAUGUGAGGAUACAUGGGGAGCACGAGGCUGGGGAUGAGACGGCAAAGGAUUUCAAGUGGAGGAUUCAGAGGUUGUCGCCGUAA